GUUCCCGAACGACCAAUGAGCUGCGAGUGCUUCAAAGGGAGCCAAUGGCGUGCGGGUAUUUCCACCGACCACCAAUCAGCUGCUGAUCUGACCGAUCGGCUUUCAGGAAGCGGCUCAAAGUCGCCUCGCAAGCCGCAGCGGCAGCACUUUGACAGCGAGCUAGUUAGCUUCACUUCAUACCACUGCUCACUGACCUCCGCUCCAAAAAUGGCUGGUGUUCGAGCCCUUGGUGUUCUAUCCAGAUUCACAUCAAGGAGAUACGCUCUCUAUUCAGGUGCCACAUGUCGCACCUUCUCAGUAGCUCCUGCAAUGCUCGCCCGUACCCAUGUGAACUAUGAAGUCAAGGGCGAUGUUGCUGUCGUACGGAUCAACGACCCAAACUCCAAGGUGAACACACUGUCAGUCCAAAUGCAAAAGGAGAUGGCAGAAGUAAUGGAUGAAGUGUGGGCUAACAACGCUGUUCAAAGUGCUGUGCUCAUCUCCUCAAAGCCGGGCUGCUUCAUAGCUGGAGCUGAUAUUAAUAUGAUCCAGGGCUGUAACAAUGCAGAAGAGGUCACCACACUUUCUAAAGAAGGGCAAAAGAUGUUUGAGCGGAUUGAAAAAUCACCGAAGCCCAUUGUUGCUGCCAUUAACGGCUCUUGUUUAGGAGGAGGCUUGGAGUUUGCCAUCGCCUGCCAGUACAGAAUUGCAACCAAAAGUAAGAAAACAGUCCUUGGUACUCCUGAAGUGAUGCUGGGUCUUCUGCCUGGUGCAGGUGGUACUCAGAGGCUCCCCAAAAUGGUUGGUCUACCAAAUGCCUUUGACAUGAUGCUGACAGGAAGAAAUAUUCGGGCAGAUAAAGCCAAGAAGAUGGGGCUUGUCCACCAACUGGUAGACCCCUUAGGACCUGGGCUGAAGAGUCCAGAGGAGAGAACAAUGGACUACCUUGAGGAAGUUGCCAUUGAAUAUGCUCGAGGGAUCGUCAGUAAGAAGAUCCCUAUCCAUAAAGUGAAAGGCAGCAUGGAGAAAAUUCAAGACUACGUUAUGAGCUUUGGGUUGGUCCGAAAUCAGAUUUACAACACUGUCCAGAGUAAAGUUAUGAAGCAGAGCAAGGGGCUUUAUCCAGCCCCCCUGAAAAUCAUUGAAUGCGUAAAGGCUGGAGUUGAACAAGGCCCAGUGGCCGGAUACUUGGCUGAGUCUCAGAAUUUUGGUCAGUUGGCAAAAACCUCCGAAUCCGCAGCCCUGAUUGGUCUAUACCAGGGUCAGGUAGCGUGCAAGAAGAACCGCUUUGGAACUCCUCAAAGAGAAGUCAAGACUCUGGCUAUCUUGGGAGCAGGUCUGAUGGGAGCAGGCAUCGCCCAGGUGACUGUGGACAAAGGUGUGCACACGGUCCUGAAGGACACCACUGUGUCUGGACUGGCCAGGGGAGAGCAGCAGGUGUACAAAGGGCUCAAUGACAAGACCAAAAAGAAGAACAUCACGUCAUUCCAGAGGGACUCCAUACUGUCCAACUUGACCGGCCAGCUGGAUUACAGCAACUUCGCAAAGGCUGACAUGGUUAUCGAAGCUGUUUUUGAAGACAUUAACAUCAAGCACGCAGUCCUGAAGGAGGUGGAGGCUGUUGUUUCCCCUCACUGCAUAUUUGCCACCAACACAUCUGCAUUGCCCAUCAAGGAUAUUGCUGCGGCCAGCAAGAGACCCGACAAGGUGAUUGGGAUGCACUACUUCUCUCCAGUGGACAAGAUGCAGCUCCUGGAAAUUAUAACCACUGAUAAGACGUCCAAGGACACUACAGCCUCAGCUGUGGCAGUCGGCCUGAAGCAGGGCAAAGUCAUCAUUGUUGUCAGGGAUGGACCUGGCUUCUAUACAACAAGGUGUCUGGCUCCCAUGUUGGCUGAGGCAGUAAGAGUCCUUCAGGAAGGUGUUGACCCCAAGAAGUUGGAUGCACUCACCACAAGCUUCGGGUUCCCCGUGGGUGCAGCUACGUUGGCUGAUGAAGUUGGUAUUGACGUUGCCGCCCAUGUAGCCGAGGACCUCGGCAAAGCUUUUGGCUCCCGCUUCGGUGGAGGAAAUGUGGAGGUUCUGAAGACCAUGGUGGACCUGGGAUUCAAAGGUCGCAAAUCAGGAAAGGGUUGCUACAUCUAUCAGCCAGGCCUCAAGACCAAGGAGGUGAACCCAGACAUUGGCAAUGUCCUUGAGAAAUUCAGGAUGAAACCAAAUCCCGCUGUUUCAUCGGACUCUGAUGUGCAGUACCGGCUCGUUUCCCGAUUUGUCAACGAGGCCGUGCUGUGUUUGCAGGAGGGCAUUUUGAUCAACCCUUUGGAAGGAGACAUCGGGGCUGUGUUUGGGUUGGGAUUCCCGCCCUGCCUUGGAGGACCUUUCCGCUUCGUGGACUCCUUUGGUGCCGACAAGCUGGUGGAGAAGAUGAGGCAAUACGAAGCGGUCUACGGCAAUCAGUUUACGCCGUGCCAGCUCCUUCUUGAUCACGCAAAGGAUUCUACUAAGAGAUUCCACAUGUGAACCACUGACUCACCGUGUGUGCCGGUAGCAUUUAAUAGACCUGCAGUCCGCCACUAGAAUGUGCCUGACAUGUAUAACCCGAUCGGGGGCAAACCCAAUUGGAAUACACUUGUGUUGCAAGUUUAUUAAGUACAUCUUGUUUCUGCAGUCUAAUACAGUCCUUGGCCUUCAAAUGUAGGACAAUAUAACCUUCAUGAAGGUGGGAGUCAAUGGUUUUAUCCAGUGCGCCCAAUAAAAUGGCAACUGAGUGUGUUAUGUCAGAACAAUUGGAUGUUUUUUGUACUUUAACAUUGAUUUACUUGAUGGUAAUGUAUAGCUUGAGAAGCAGAUGGAGGCUAAUUAUUCACACAUUGCCAAUGAAAGACACUGUGGAGGUUAAAGAAUUAAAACGUUUUCCCAGCUGAUGAAUUAACUCUAUUAUUAAUGAAUGUCUACCAGGAUGUUUCAGCGUGUCUUUUUUUUGUACGUUGAAGACGUUUUCUGGCCUCGUUUGAACAAUGUUGUAAAUCUAAAGUCCGAAUAAAAAUUUGUUACGGAAUCAAA